CUAUAUAUUAAAUCAAAUCCCCCUCUUCCCAAAACAGACAGACGCCAUUAACAUUAACUUCAAGUUUUUCAACCAACAAAUUCAAGAAAUUUUCCUACCCGACAGUGACCGCCAUAAUGGGCUUUCCGGUGGGUUGCACGGAGGUUUUCUUCCCCACCAUAUUCCUCCACCUGCUCUCUGUCCUAGACGUUCUGAAACUCCUCAUCCAGUCCCUCUUCCGCCUCCUGGGGCUGCCGGAAUUUCUCCACUCCGACGCUUUCCCGCCGGAGCUUCAAUUUCCCCUGAACCCUCCCCCGUCGGCCCUGCUCCUCCGCGAACUCCUGCCGGUUGUGAAAUUCUCGGAUCUGCCAGACCCGCCGGAAAGGUGCGCCGUUUGCCUGUACGAGUUCGAGGGGGCGGAGGAGAUCCGGUGGCUAACGAAUUGUAAACACAUAUUCCACCGGAGGUGUGUGGACCGUUGGAUGGAUCAUGAUCACGACACGUGUCCACUUUGUAGAACGCCGUUCGUGCCUGAUGGGAUGAUGGAUGAAUUCAAUCAACGGCUGUGGGCUGCCUCUGGUAUCGCUGAGACGUUUGAGACGGACUUUAACUCCGUUUUAGGAUAGCAAUUGCAAAGCCAAUUUCCCAACAUAUGCCCUUUUUUUUCUUCCCAAUUAUUCUUUUUCUUUUUCUUUUUCUUCUUUAACGAGGGGGGUUUUCAAACUGUAUAGAUUAUAUAAAUAUAUAAUGUGUAUAUCAUAUAUAUAAUAUAUAUGAGAAUUUGGGCACUUUUGGCCCAAAAUGAAAGCCUUUUUCUAUUUUGAAUA